GCGACAUUACUUGACAUGAAUCCUCGGAGUCGCCUUCAAACAAUGGGAAUCUCAAAUGAUGAUUUCCCUUACUCGUUUCCUCCCUUCUAAUACUCAUUAAAUUCCAACCACGACCUGCCAGCGACUCUCCUUCCAGCGAUGGCCGUCUCAAUAGAAAUUGUCCCUUUCUCAAGUAAUGUCGAUAUGUAUGGUAAGGCAGACGCUGGCUUUGCAUACUCUCUUUCGGGCCAUGUUUCAGUAUCAAUAUCACCUUCAUGUUUCGCCUUCAAACGAUAUCGGAAAACGGACUUACUUCUCCAAUCUCUCGAACUCACAUUUGAGGGCCAGAACGAAAUGCACUCUGACGCCAUGGGCUAUUCCUCUGCCCGACUUUGUCGCAUCACAAAGGAAUUAGUACCACAAGAACCAGUACUCUUGAGCAACGAAGGAAUUGGAACUAGCAAUGUCAAUGAGCCUUGCCGUUGGAACAUAAUAUUCAGUCUCACGAUACCAGGUUGGCUUCCGGCAUCGACGGGAUAUGGGUCCGAUGGUACUCUCGGCGUAUCUUACAAUCUUUUUGCAACCGCAAAAUUUUUGAUCGACUCACAUUCUCACCGUGACUCCUGGUCGACUGGCAUCUCCUCUUUGUAUUCAUCGCUCUGCUCUCCCGAACGUGUUAUUAAAGCCGAGAAGGCAAUCCUCGUGCGGCGUUUUCCCUCGCCACCUUUACCAUCGAACGAAGAUUGUGCAGUUGAGGAUGCAACUUUCUACAUUAAACCCGACGUUCAGCCUCCCGAUGAAAAUGCCAAGGUGUUUAUACCGUUAGACGUGUGGAGCAAACUCCAGAUCUUGGUGUCUAUCCCAGAGUAUACAGAUAUAAAGAGCCACGAGCUACCUUUCACACUGAGACUUAGGACUAAGAACAUGAAGGUAGAAGAUCGGAAGAGGAUACAGCUUUUGGGGUUCUCGGUCAACGUAUAUCAAAAGGAAAAAUGCAGGCAACACCCGUCUCAUGAAUACGUCAAUCGUUAUCCUCUUCCUCCUGCCUCUGAACAACCCCCAAAUCUUCCCCUAAACCGGCCUCACCGCCUGGGUUAUGUCUUUGACAGUCUCUGCAUCCCUCUCCCUCACGGCCAUCGCGAGCAGAUUUGUACCGUCUCUCUUCUCUCUCCCACAUCAAAUGGUCAAUAUCAAGCGGAAGGACCGAAUUAUGUAUUUGCUGAUGGCGAAACCGAGUCCACCUCCUGGUUCACUCUGCAGUGCGUCAUACCUCUCUCUCCAGCCGACGCCACACACGACAUUGCCGAUGAUGCAACAUCGCCUUGGGCAGGUCAGACAAUAGCAAGGAGACCGACUUUCUCUAGUCCGCUUUUGAGCGUACGCCACCAGGUUUCCAUUAGAUUAUCGCUUGGAUACGAUUAUCCUGACCUCGAAGAAACGGCUUGGGAGGCCUUUACAUUCAAUGUUCCCAUACGAUUCGAGUCUGUCGCUCCGAAACCCGCAAAGCCGACGAUCUCAUCGAGCUUAUCGUUGUUCGCGUCGACGGUGACGGGAGAGGCCAUCACCCUCGAGGAGGAGGAAGGAUUAGCGUCCUCCUCGUCGCCUCCUGUCUUGCCGGCGUAUUCGGAAUUGUUCUAUUCGAAUGGGGACAGGAAGUUGGAUCCUACGCCGUUACCCUUGUAUUCUCCACCUGGUGUGCCGGUUCCUGCUACCACAGAACUCACGUCGACCAGCCCGCAACCUUCUAACGAGGUUUCUAGUCACGAAAAGGGCACCUGUGAUUUGAGGAGCCCCUCUAAUGACCAUAACCUAUGCGCAUCAUGAGUUCCAUACACCACUCUUCAUUCGUUCUUCAUUUUCGAGUUUGUUUUCUACUCAAUUGCACCCCUGUUUUCAACUACUUCAUAUUGGUUCUCUCAUUUAUGGCUCCUUCAUGAUCGUCAUUGCCAUCACAUAUAUUCCUUCGGAAUGCUUUCCGAGUCGAUGGGUUUUUAGAUUGCUCAGGCAUAGAGCCUCUAGAACUUUUAAUCAUCUGCUUAAUGGUCUUAAUGUGUUCUUAUAGUUGUACCACUAUUCUCUAGUUUUGCCGUGUUCCAAGUCAUCUGUAUCAAUUUUGGUCUACCACUAGUGGAUUCAUAUGGUGUCGCCAUCUAACGUUCGAAACAGAUUUAUGUGAAGAUAAAGUUUUCUUAAUGAAGUGAGUCACCAACUAAAAUCUAAUGAUCAGGCGACCAAGAGGUGGUUCAUACUAUGAGAAGAUUGCUUAGGGAGCACGAACAACCUGUUUGAAGGUAAAGGGAAGUGGACCUAUUUCAUCCUCCCGCGUACUCG